GAGUCCAGAGUGUACAUGGAAGACAGUGUACAUGAGAGGAGUACACAGGAGGACAGGCUGAGAAAAAUGGCAGCUUCUUGCUUGAGCACAGAGAAGAUCUGGUUUGACAAAUACAAGUAUGACGACGCAGAGAGACAGUAUUAUGAAGACCUGAGCAAUGCCGGAACCAACGCUCACAUCCAGACACAGGAGGACGGAGCAAGCACAAUCCUCAGGGACAUUGCCAGAGUCAGAGAGAAUAUCCAGAAAUCGCUCGCCGGAAGCACAGCCGCAGCCCCCAACAGCAAUGGAGACAGCGGUGACCUCCAGGACCGGGUCGCCAAUCUAGAACACGAGAACCAGCAUUUACAUAAAGUGGUGAAGGAUCUGCAGCUCGCCAUCUCCAAGCUGGAAAGCCGGAUCGGUGUGAUGGAGAAAAAUGCUACCCCAGAAAAAGUGGAAAUAAAAUUUCCGAUUUUGUGCGAAUUUCAAGCCUCAAAACCCGGCAUAGCUUGUCCUCCCAGCCCGCCUCGUAAACUCAAGAAAGAGGAAGAGGAUGACGACGACGAUGAUAUUGACUUGUUCGGCAGCGAUGAUGAGGAAGAUGCAGAAGCUGAGAGAAUCAGAGAAGAGAGACUAAAGCAGUAUGCAGAGAAGAAAUCCAAGAAGCCUGGACUCAUCGCCAAGUCCUCCAUCCUGCUGGACGUGAAACCAUGGGAUGACGAGACGGACAUGGCGAAGUUGGAGGAAUGCGUUCGCACGGUUCAGAUGGACGGUCUGCUCUGGGGCUCCUCCUAACUGGUUCCUGUGGGCUACGGCAUCAAGAAGCUGCAGAUACAGUGCGUGGUGGAAGAUGACAAAGUGGGCACCGAUCUCCUGGAGGAGGAGAUCACCAAGUUUGAAGACUAUGUGCAGAGCGUGGACAUUGCAGCAUUCAACAAAAUCUAACAUAACCUAAAGGCUGGACUGAUCAACAAUAAACGGCAAUGAAACCUCAAAAAAAAAAAAAAA